AUGGACCCCAUUCCCGUUCCUGGAGCUGCUCCCGCCGCUGUUGGCGCCGACAAAGUCCCAGAGACUGUUGUAGCCACUACCAGCGCAGACACCAAGCCUAUGGAGCCUGUAGCCACUGAGACAAAGCCUGCCGAGGAGAAGAAGGAUGAGAGGGAAGAGACUGCGCCAGUGCCCGAGACAUCAGCAGCCCCUCUCGCCGAACCUGCUAAGCUCGAGGAACCGCCUGCGCUUGCUCCGCCAGCUGAUGCGCCAGCUGCGUCAAAACCUAGCGUUGAUGCGCCAAAGCCCGCCUCCAUCGAAGAGGUUCCCGACCAGGACGGCCCCGUCGCUAUGACGGGAGUCCAGGAGCCGAAAGCCAUCCCUGCCGAGCAGUCGGCCGGGACGUCCGCGUCUUAUGCUGAGCCCGUGAAGGCAUCGGUAGAAGAACCCAUCGCGCAAGAGCCCGCCAAGGCGCCCGUAGUCGACGACGAGCCGGUCAAGGAGCCCAUCACUGAGAAGGCUGAAGCCGUCAACGGUGCUGCGACCAAGGAUGUUGAGAUGACGGGCGCUCUCAACGAUGCCGAGCCUGCCGGUGCGGGCGAACGUGAAGCUGCGCCGCAAGCUGUCCUGUCCGAAGCCAAGGUCGGUGACAAGCGCAAGGCGGACGACCUCGUCGAGACCAACGGGGCCAACGGCACCAACGGAGUCGAGGAGGCGGCUGAGGAAAAGCCAGCCGAGAAGAAGGCCAAGAGGGGACCCGGCCGCCCUCCUUCAAACGGUGCCGCUAAGGAGUCGCCCAAGAAAGACUUACCAAGCAAGGAAAAGGAGUCUUUCGGUCACAAGGUGGCCAGAAAUGUGAAGAAGGUCAUUCACCCUGUCGGCAGGACUGCGCGUAAGACCCGCUCACAGGGACCUGUUUGA